AUGUCUAACAACCUGAUGGACUCUAUAAGCGCUGCUUCAGCUAUGUCUGCUGACAGCGGCAACAGUUUAUUGAAACAUUCUAAAAGUGAGAAACAAAUGCAGUGGUGGUACCUCGGACCUGUGGUACUCGCAGUACUGAUGUUUCUACUGAUGGGCACCAUCUUCGAGCGUAGAAUCGAAGGAGCAUGGCGGUCGUUAGUAGACCGUCGUCAAGGGGCAGUAUCACAAACUGAACCCCAGGAAUCUCCAGCUACUGUGAUAUCUAACCAAACAGUCAAGACAACUUCAGAUGGAAACGUCUUCAACGUGAAACCGGAUAUCAAAACUACAUUGAGUAAGAACGAUAUCAAACAGGAAACAAAGAGUUUGUAUUAA